AUGUCGGGACCAAUCUACACACGUCGUGGGAACUUGCUCAUCCCUGGUAGCUCGCAAGUCUCCGCACCGCAGGCCACUCCAGUGAACACUGAGCAACAUCGCAAGUUUGGGAAACUCGCAUCGAACGCGGCUAUGGAUUUUCCAUCUCACGAACAGCGCCCUGGUCAGUCGGAGUCCGCUGAGAAGCUCGAGGCGCAGAAGACCGACUACGAGGCAAGGAUCGCCGACAUGAGGAAGGUGUCCCAGGCCAACUUAGAGAACACCAUCAAGGACUACGAGGUCAAGCUCAGCGAAAAGGAAAAACUCCAAGAGAUCGAGAUCGAACACGUGAGGGACUUCAUCAACCAUGAUGUCGUUGAGAUCAAGAAGAAAUCCGAGACCAAGCUCCACGACCUCGCCGAGAACUACGAGGCCAAGAUUGCCUAUAUGGAGGCCGAAUCGCAGUCCAAGCUCAGCGACGAGAAGAACCACUGCGAUUGGCUGCUCGAAGAAAUGAGGAAGGGCCAUGAGAGCGAAAUCGAGGAGAUCAAGAAGGAACACGCGCUCGAGUUUGAAGCCGCGCAGGAGGACUACGAGGCCAACCUCGUCAGGCUCAAUCAUGAUCACGCGAUUCCGGGACGUGUCUUCGAAGAGAAGACCUGGAGUCUUGCGGCGCUCCAAGAGACAGAGACCAAGGAAGCCGAGUUCCUCAGCAAGUCCGCCCAGCCAGACGUGGAAGCGAAGGAUGCAGGCCUGCUCGCUGACAAGAAGCCGGACACCAUCGACAGGAAGCCCGAAAUCGACGCCCUCAAAGGCACCAUCGACGCCCUUAAAGAUACCGUCGGUAUACAGAUGGUUGCUGCAGAAGAUCUCCGCGAGACCGUCAAGGACCUUCGAGAGCGCAACGCAAAGCUCGAAGCAGAGCUUCAGAAGAAGUAG